CGGCGCUCGACGCUUGUCGCGUCGUUUGAUAGCUCCGUCAUUCAGUCCGGAGGUGUCCGCGGGCGGGGCGGCACGUGCGGUGCGCGCCUCGCAUCUGUAUUGUUUUGGCUCUGCUAACCAUUGUUUAAUUCCAUCCGACUAGAAUCGAUACGACAUUGAUGCAAACUGCACGGCCUACGUUACUGCAUUAUCUAAUCAUUUAAUUGCGUAACAUAGGGACAAUAAUGUGUUAUGUGUACUUGAACGAAUAAAUGAAGACGUGAUUUAUUGACAAGUGAAACUUUCGAUCGUUCAUUUGUUUGAUGUAUCGUUUAUGUUUUGUCACUGGACCAAACAAUCGUGCAAGUGAUCUUUGUUGUAAAGGGAAGCAUGCAAAUCAAUAAUCGAGUGGAUACCCAGCUGCGAGCAACCUAGAGCUCGUACUGUAAGGUUUAUUACACGGUUGCAUAUUGAUUGGAUCUCUGGCAGAUUCACUGGAAAUUCGUUAUCGAAACCAAAGGUGUUUACUGGUAUUCAGAAGACUGAAGUGUGUUCUUUACGUUUGGGGGUAACAUCGAUCUUUGCUGUGUUGGUGUAAUGCUCGUGAUGCUGGUAUUAGACGAGAGCGUCAGAUAGCCGCCGCGGCAACACAGCAUGGGUGCAAACAUGGGCAAAAACUCGAGCCUGCUCGACGCACUGCCCUCCGCGCAGGGCACGCUGCACGUCGUCAUGCUCGGCCUCGACUCCGCCGGCAAGACCACCGCGCUCUACCGCCUCAAGUUCGACCAAUACCUCAACACCGUCCCCACCAUCGGUUUCAAUUGUGAAAAAGUGAAAGGAACGAUAGGCAAAUCGAAAGGUGUCAAUUUUCUCGUGUGGGACGUCGGUGGACAAGAAAAACUCAGGCCGCUCUGGAAAUCGUACACGCGAUGCACAGACGGCAUUAUAUUUGUACUGGACUCGGUUGAUGUAGAAAGAAUGGAAGAGGCGAAAAUGGAACUCAUACGAACUGCGAAAUCACCAGAUAACGCCGGCGUUCCGAUACUCGUCCUCGCGAAUAAACAGGACUUGCCGGGGGCGAAAGAACCCAGGGAACUGGAAAAACUUUUAGGUCUGCACGAAUUAGUUUCUUCUCCGCAUGGUUCGCGAGACGCUCACGCCUGGCACGUGCAGCCCGCGUGCGCCAUUACGGGGGAAGGCCUCCAUGAGGGACUCGAAGCCCUGUACGAAAUGAUACUCAAGAGAAGAAAGUUGGCGAAGUUACAGAAGAAACGAGUGAGAUAAACGACAGACACAGACAAUCAGUAGGUACGGUUGACGUGAUGUCAGAUAUCAGUGCGAGCUAAUUUAAGAACUAUCGUGAAAUCCCGCUACGGAUGUUUAUCAUAAUAUCGGUAGUGAUCAACGGAUGAAACACCAAAUAUUGUUUUUACUAUAGAUGUAAAACGUCUUAUGAAAAUAUUCCAUCAUAAUGUUGCUCAAGUUGUAUUGAACAUUUUGAAGGAAACUAAUAUUUUGAUAAAAAUUAAAAUUAACGACUAGUCAUUUUCUUUUGAAAAUAGCUAGAUAGAUGAUGGAUAAAACAAUAAAGGUUUUUAGUUAAAUUUUACAAAACAUUUGGCUUUACAAAUGAGUUGAAAGAAUGACGUAGUUUCCUGAACGGCAUGUAAUUAAGCAUUAAAGUCAUCUAUUUAUUACAGACCUGCUACUUGGCUCACGAUUGUGGGACCAUUAGGUUAACAAGAUAUCAUCUUAAACAUAUGUAUGGUAUUUACGUGUUUCGCUUAUGUUUAAAGUAAUAGUUGUGUAGAACGAGUAGCGCUUACAUACCUGUUUUAUAGCUGCUAUAUCAUUUUCAUUACAUUGAGAUUUCUUCGUGUUGAUUUUGAGUUGAUGAUUUUCAGAAUUACCCCAACUUUAACAUCUUAAAACAUGUCUGUUUUAUGUAUUCAAGUAUAGAUACAUUCAUGAGUUACAGAUUGUACUGAUUCCAAUACUGAAACACCCUUCCAAUUAUAGUUAUCUCAUGAAAGAGAUGCCAAUGUCUUUAAAUAAAUGUUUUGAUAACGGAUUUGAUAGCAUAUUGCUCUUCACUAAAUAACGUAUUUAUUUAAAUACAUAAAAGAGACAAUGUUAUUUGUUAUAAUUAUUAUAGUUUACCUUGUAAACCUUUGUGGGUUUUCAUUCUAUAUCAUUUGAAUCAAAACAUAUUGCAAUCUUUUUCUUCCUGAAAAUGUAUAUAUGUCUUUGUCUAAAUGUAUCCACAAUGAAAACCAACGUUUAUAAGAGCAUGUGCAACAUUUACAUAAAUCAUAACGUCCAUGUGUUUAGCUUAUGCGUAUGAUUGUUAAUAAAAAUUGAUGGACCCGGGUUAAGAUAAUCCAAAUUAUUUUUAAUGGAAUUU